UGUUAACUUUUGUAUCAGCGUAAACAAUUCAAAACAAAUUUUUCUCAUUUUGUUCAGAGUUCCUAUUCACCUAUUAAAUAUAAUAUCAUAUUUAAAAAAAAAUGAAUAACCGAUUAAGGUCGUAUGUUCUUAAGAAAUUCACCAAAGAACAAGAUGAACAAUUGGUAGAAUGCGUUGCCAAAUAUCCAUCAAUUUAUAAUCCACAAAAUAAGGAUUAUAAAUUAUUAUAUAUUAGAGAGGCAAUAUGGAAGGAAAUAAGUGAAUUAGUUGGCAGAAACAAGGAAGACUGCAAAAAAAGAUAUAAAAAUAUAAAAGACACAUAUUUGAAAAUUAAAAGAUCAAGAAAAAUGAAAACAGGGUUGAAAAUGUCAAGAGUUUCUUUAAAAUCAACCAAAUGGAACUUAGCACCGCAUUUAAAAUUUUUAGAUGUUCUACCAGAGAAAGAUCUUACAUCACAUAUUAAUGAUAUGGAUUACGAUGAAAAUUCCAACUCUGAGCAAAAUGAAGACGAAGAAGGCACUGAUACUCAAGCUACCCAACCAUUACCUCUACAACAGAAAGAUAAAAUAAAAGAAGCACACAUUAUAAUGAAACAAUUAGAAAAAAAGGUAAAAGAAAGAUCAGAGAUAUUAACAAAGCCAGAAUCAUAUAAUUAUGAGGAAUACGACGAUGUAGAUUUUUUUUUAAAAAGUCUAGGCAUUACAAUCAAAAAACUUCCACCUCAAUUAAUUAUUCAAGCAAAAGUUAAAAUGUUAUCUAUUAUAAUGGAUUUGGAACUUCAAGCAUCUAGUGAUGUUUGACACAAAUCAUGCAUACAAAUAAUUAUACUGGGAAUUUACUUCAAAUUCCUUACAUAUACCUAAUAUACAUAAUAUUUGAUAUUCCUACUCCAUAUACUGAUAUAUACGAUAUUAUAUACAAAGACAUAUAAAUACAAGAUGAUAUCUAUUUAUUUAGUUUUAUGAUAAAUAUUGUUAUUUUUUAAAAUUUAGUACCUAAUUGGAUACUAAUUUAACCAUUAAUGUAAAUAGGUAUAAGUUCUUUUUAAAUACAAUUUAUUUUAAUUAUAUUUAUACUCUAUACUAUGUACAAUUUACUUAGAAAUACUUACUACAUGUACAUGUUCACAGUGA